ACUAAAAUGAUUUAGCUUACCACUCUCACUCUGCAUCCACAGUUUAAUAAUUACCCCUUUAAUAUUUUAAUCAUUAUUUUAGUAGACCAAAACUGUUUAGUGUUGAAACUUGUGCAUCCACAUGAGUGUUGGUUAAAGGUUGAGAACAUCGAUUUGCCAACCAUAUCUCACAGCCACAGCCAUUUUUAUUCUCUCUCGGUCUCUCUUCUCAGUCUCUCACUACCACAGCCUUAAGUUCGAGAAGACCGAAGUGGACUUCAUUUUCUUGUACGGGAAUUAAAAUAUUGCAGAUUGACGACAUAUACUAACAUGAAUCAUCGGAGGAGUAAAUUUGCCAGGAUAGAUAGUAUGGGAGUUGAUGGAAAAUUGAAAAGUGUUAGAGGACGCUUGAAGAAGGUUUACGGGAAGAUGAAAACACUCGAAAACUGGAGGAAGACCGUCUUGUUAGCUUGCGUGGUUGCUUUGGCUAUUGAUCCUUUGUUUCUGUUUAUCCCUUUGAUUGAUUCUCAGAGAUUUUGCUUCACUUUCGACAAGACACUUGUAGCAGUAGUUUGUGUCAUUCGUACUUUUAUUGACACGUUCUAUGUGAUUCACAUCAUUUAUUAUCUUAUAACCGAGACCAUUGCUCCUCGUUCUCAAGCAUCUUUGAGAGGCGAGAUUGUCGUGCAUUCUAAGGCUACACUGAAAACACGUCUCCUCUUUCACUUCAUUGUUGACAUUAUCUCUGUUCUCCCCAUUCCUCAGGUGGUGGUUCUCACUCUCAUACCACUGUCUGCGUCGCUGGUGUCAGAGAGAAUACUGAAAUGGAUUAUACUUAGUCAAUAUGUACCAAGAAUCAUUCGUAUGUAUCCGCUUUAUAAAGAAGUGACAAGAGCCUUUGGUACGGUAGCAGAAUCAAAGUGGGCUGGAGCUGCUUUAAACUUAUUCCUUUACAUGCUGCACAGUUAUGUGUUUGGGGCUUUUUGGUACUUGAGUUCAAUAGAAAGGAAAAGCAAAUGUUGGCGUGCCGCGUGUGCUAGGACAUCCGACUGCAAUCUCACGGUCACGGAUCUGCUUUGUAAACGAGCUGGCAGUGACAACAUUCGAUUCCUCAACACUUCAUGCCCAUUAAUCGACCCUGCCCAAAUCACAAACUCCACAGACUUCGACUUUGGUAUGUAUAUUGAUGCAUUGAAGUCAGGGGUGCUAGAGGUGAAACCAAAGGAUUUUCCCAGGAAAUUCGUCUAUUGCUUUUGGUGGGGUCUCCGUAAUAUUAGUGCUUUGGGCCAAAACCUGGAGACAAGCAACUCUGCAGGGGAGAUUUUCUUUGCUAUCAUCAUAUGUGUCUCUGGUUUACUCUUGUUUGCUGUGCUCAUUGGAAACGUUCAGAAGUACUUGCAAUCAUCUACUACUAGAGUAGAUGAAAUGGAGGAGAAAAGGAGAGACACAGAAAAAUGGAUGUCCUACCGGGUGAUACCAGAGUAUUUGAAGGAACGCAUUAGGAGAUUUGAAGAUUACAAAUGGCGAGAAACCAAGGGAACCGAAGAGGAAGCUCUUCUUCGUAGUCUUCCAAAAGACCUCAGACUCGAAACCAAACGCUAUCUUUACUUGGAUAUGUUAAAGCGUGUUCCAUGGCUUAACAUCAUGGAUGAUGGUUGGCUACUAGAAGCUGUGUGCGACCGGGUGAAGUCUGUGUUCUAUUUAGCGAACAGCUUCAUAGUGAGAGAGGGGCACCCAGUUGAGGAGAUGCUGAUUGUAACGAGAGGCAAGCUGAAAAGUACAACCGGAUCUCAUGAAAUGGGUGUCCGCAACAAUUGUUGUGACCUCCAAGAUGGUGACAUAUGUGGAGAACUUCUCUUCAAUGGUUCUCGCCUUCCUACCUCAACCAGAACCGUAAUGACUUUGACUGAAGUUGAAGGUUUCAUUCUCUUGCCUGAUGAUAUCAAGUUUAUAGCUUCUCAUUUAAAUGUCUUUCAAAGACAAAAACUCCAACGAACAUUCAGGUUAUACUCACAGCAAUGGCGCUCAUGGGCAGCAUUCUUCAUUCAAGCGGCAUGGAGGAAACAUUGCAAAAGGAAGCUUUCUAAGACAAGAGACAACGAGAAUAUUCCACAAGGCACGCAACUCAAUCUUGCAUCAACGCUCUACGUGUCCAGAUUUGUGUCCAAAGCUUUGCAAAAUCGACGAAAAGAUACAGCAGAUUGUUCCAGCUCUCCUGAUAUGUCACCUCCGGUACCUCAUAAACCAGCCGAUCUCGAGUUUGCAAAGGCUGAAGCAUAGUGUGUCUUUGAAGGAAAAUGACUCUCUACACAAACAAGGUAGUGAAGACUCCAUGUAAGCUCAAAACAUGCCCUACAACGUAACUUUCCAGUUAUUGUCAAAUAAUUGACUCAUCACCACGUCCUAGAUAUAAAAAAAAACAGUAAGAAAACAAGAUCAUUCCAAAAAACCAAGUGAGGCACUUGAUGAGCUCUAAAUAUAUAAAUAUGUAGUACCGAUGUUUUUGUUUGGCGCCGCAUGCAAGUAAUUCCAGUCCUAAACUCGACUUGUUCAUGAGUCUCAAGUAGGACCAAGUUUGCGAGGUAAGGAGAUAUAACAAAAAUGUCUUGAGAGAGGCUUUGGAGUUUGUUCUCUUCUUUUUACAGAAUUUUUAUGAACUCUCAAGGACUUUCGAUAGGUUUCUUCUCCCUUCUUGCAUGGUGCAAGUAACGCUUGUUGUUGAAUUUGGAUAUCAAUGGGAGGCUUAAUCCUUGUUGAGUCAGAGUAUUCUUUUGACAAAAAGAAACAGAGUAUUCAAGUCAAAUUUGAUUCAAAGACAAAAACAGAGAGACUAAUAAAGCAAAAGAAGAUUCACUUCUUGUCUUUCUUCUUCACCACGUCAAUAAAUUCUCUCAUCAGACUUAUCAAUCUCGCUAUGAUCCUUUGCUGCUCAGAGACCGUUGUUACUGUAAUAUCUGGCCACCCCAGGAUGCUUCUCAACUUUACUAUCUGAUUGGACCUCAACACUAUUUGAGUGGAAAAAAGUGUUUUAGAUUGAACGAGAGAGAGACAUAAAAAAAGAAGGAAGAUAUAUUGUGAGUUUAUCUACAGAGAGAGAGAUAGAGGGACUUACUCAGGUAUAAUGUGGAUACAUAGAUUCUAGAUGUGAUCAUGUAAAAGUACAUUGCCUGCAGAAACAGAAAACUGAGACAUAUCACUACUAGAUUCAAGACAAUGUUUAAGAUCAAAGCUCAAAAAAAAGGUCCAGCUUUACCGGUUCAAAUUUAAAGGUAGCUUGGAGCACAACAAAGAUAAUGGGAAAUAUAGCAAGUCUCUUCAUGCUCGAUAAAAGAUUUGCCCGCUGAUUGUGGACCUAUCAUAAAUUGAAAUUAAAAAAAAUAUCAAAUUUAGUUUGGAUUAU